AUGCAACUCGCCGGCAUCAUGAGGUCUGCGAGACCCGUUCGGUCCCCGAGGGACGCACUGCACCAGAUCACAGCCCCCGUCGCCCUGGCACAAAGAAGAGCAAAGUCGACGAUGCCAUUCAGGCUACCCGAUCCGAGAAACGAGCCCAACCCCACGUACGAGAAGAACUCCCCAGAACGCGCAAAACUCCAAGAAGCCCUCAAGAAGCUGCGCGCUCAACUGCCCGCAAAGAGCGACCUUUUCUACAACGGGCAGACACAAGUAGCAGCCAAGUCGUUCAACACCGUCCUCCCCUCCGAACACGCAACAACCUUCUCCAACUUCCCCCUCGCGUCCAAGGAGCAGGUCUCCUCGGCCAUCGAGUCGGCGCUGGACGCGAAGAAGAGCUGGGAGAACACGCCGUUCGUAGACCGCGCCGCCAUCUUCCUCAAGGCUGCCGAGCUUGUCGUCACCAAGUACCGAUACGAAAUCAUCGCGGCGACCAUGCUAGGCCAGGGGAAGAACAUGUGGCAGGGAGAGAUUGACGCGGCCGCUGAGCUAGCCGAUUUCUUCAGACUCAACUGCAACUUCGCGGCCGAGAUUCUCGAGAAACAGCCAACACGUGGCUCUGAUGGCAUGUGGAGACGUCAUGUAGCUAAUGUGGACUCUAGUCGCCUGGAGUGGCGGCCUCUGGAAGGCUUCGUCUACGCCAUCUCGCCCUUCAACUUCACUGCCAUCGGCGGCAACCUCAUCUCCGGCCCCGCGCUGAUGGGCAACGUCGUCGUCUGGAAGCCCUCCCCCAGCAACAUCUACGCCAGCCAACUGCUCUACAACAUCCUCCUCGAGGCCGGCCUGCCCCCUAACGUCAUCCAGUUCGUCCCCGGCGACGCUGAGGAGGUCACCGACGUCGUCCUCGGCCACCGCGACUUCGCCGGCCUCAACUUCGUCGGCUCGUCCGACGUCUUCCGCUCUCUCUACGCGAGGAUCGGCGAGGGUAUCGGGAAGAGGACGUACCGCGAGUUUCCACGCGUGGUCGGCGAGACGAGCGGGAAGAACUUCCACCUCGUCCACCCCACGGCCGACAUCGAGCACGCCGUCAACCAUACCGUCCGCGGCGCGUUCGAGUACCAGGGCCAGAAGUGCUCCGCCACCUCCCGCGUCUACCUCCCGCAGUCCCGUGCGGAAGAGUUCCUCUCCAGCCUGACGUCCAAGGUGAAGCAGAUCACCAUCGGGAGCCCCGACGGCAAGCUGGACGCCUUCAUGGGCCCGGUGAUCCACGAGCGCUCCUUCAACAAGAUCAAGGGCAUCAUCGACGAGAGCAACAAGGACCCCUCGCUGAAGCUGCUGGUCGGAGGCACCUACGACGGCUCCGACGGAUACUACGUCAACCCCACGGUCUACCUGGCGGAUUCGCCCGACCACCGCCUCUUCAACGAGGAGAUCUUUGGCCCCGUCCUGGCCAUCUCGGUCUACCCGGACGCCGAGUGGUCUUCGACCCUGAAGAAGGUCGACCAGAGCGGAGGUGGCUUCGCCCUGACGGGGGCCGUCUUCGCCAACGACAGAGUUGCCAUCCGCGAGGCGGAGGAUGCCCUGCGCUACUCCGCAGGCAACUUCUACAUCAACUGCAAGACCACCGCUGCCUUGAUUGGACAACAGUCCUUUGGCGGUGCUCGUGCCAGUGGUACCAACGACAAGGCCGGAAGCGCGGACGUCAUGCGGCGGUUUGUCAGUCCCAGGCUGAUCAAGGAAGAGUUCUUCCCGCAGACGGAGUUCCUGUACCCCAGCAACAAGUGA